AUGGCGCAAGCAAGCAGAAUCAUCCACCAUAGCGUUCAGAACCCACGUGUUGUAAUCUCCAAUCUCUCCAAAUCAAACCAACGAAAAUCUCCACCACCAUCAUCAUCAGUCUCGAUGAAGACACAUCAGAUUGCUUCGUGGGGAAUGAACAAGAGUGGUAUGCCGCUAAACCGUCCGGUUAAAGUAACAGCUUCCGUUUCCACGGCUGAGAAAGCUUCUGAGAUUGUGCUUCAACCCAUUAAAGAAAUCUCGGGUCUCAUCAAACUACCCGGAUCCAAAUCUCUCUCCAAUCGGAUCCUCCUUCUCGCCGCUCUAUCUGAGGGAACUACUGUAGUUGACAACUUGUUGAACAGUGAUGACAUCAACUACAUGCUUGACGCCUUGAACAAGUUAGGGCUUAACGUGGAGCGUGACAGUGUAAACAACCGUGCUGUUGUUGAAGGAUGUGGAGGAAUAUUCCCUGUUUCUUUAGAUUCCAAGAGUGAUAUUGAGUUGUACCUUGGGAAUGCAGGAACAGCUAUGCGUCCUCUUACUGCUGCUGGUGGCAAAGCUAGUUAUGUGCUUGAUGGUGUGCCUCGGAUGAGGGAAAGACCUAUAGGAGAUUUGGUGGUUGGUCUCAAGCAGCUUGGUGCUGAUGUUGAAUGUACUCUUGGAACUAACUGUCCUCCUGUUCGUGUCAAUGCUAAUGGUGGUCUUCCCGGUGGAAAGGUGAAGCUUUCUGGAUCAAUCAGUAGUCAGUACUUGACUGCACUGCUCAUGGCAGCUCCUUUAGCUCUUGGAGACGUGGAGAUUGAGAUCGUUGAUAAACUGAUUUCGGUUCCGUAUGUUGAAAUGACAUUGAGGUUGAUGGAAAGGUUUGGUGUUAGUGCCGAGCAUAAUGAUAGCUGGGAUCGUUUCUUUGUCAAGGGCGGUCAGAAAUACAAGUCGCCUGGUAAUGCUUACGUAGAAGGUGAUGCUUCUAGUGCUAGCUAUUUCUUAGCUGGUGCUGCCAUUACAGGUGAAACAGUCACUGUUGAAGGUUGUGGAACAACUAGCCUGCAGGGAGAUGUGAAAUUCGCAGAGGUUCUUGAGAAAAUGGGGUGUAAAGUGUCAUGGACAGAGAACAGUGUGACUGUGACAGGACCAUCUAGAGAUGCUUUUGGAAUGAGACACUUGCGAGCUGUUGAUGUCAACAUGAACAAAAUGCCUGAUGUAGCCAUGACUCUUGCUGUUGUUGCUCUCUUUGCCGAUGGUCCAACCACCAUUAGAGAUGUGGCUAGCUGGAGAGUUAAGGAGACAGAAAGAAUGAUUGCCAUUUGCACAGAGCUUCGAAAGCUUGGAGCUACAGUGGAAGAAGGUUCAGAUUAUUGUGUGAUAACUCCACCAGCAAAGGUGAAACCAGCGGAGAUUGAUACAUAUGAUGAUCAUAGAAUGGCAAUGGCAGUCUCUCUUGCAGCUUGUGCUGAUGUUCCAGUGACUAUCAAGGAUCCUGGUUGCACCAGGAAGACUUUCCCUGACUACUUCCAAGUCCUUGAAAGUAUCACAAAGCAUUAA